AUGACAGAUACACCGACACCUAUUGUAUCUCUUUCGACCAUGGGAGCCAAUCCGAAGGAAACUGUGACUUAUACUUUUGAUCCAGACGGAGACGUCACUUUGGUGCUGGACAACGCCCCCAACGACCUUCCUGCUCGCUUGGAUGAUGUGCAAUUCAACACGCUUGGCGGAUCGUCGUACCUAAAUUUCGGCUCAAGCUCUAAAAUACUUCGGAUUCAAGCCUCUUCGAAGCAUCUGACCUUAGCGUGCCCUUAUUUUACCCGCAUGCUUCGCAGCAAGUUUAGCGAGGGCGUGCAGCUUCAAUCCCAAGGCAAUGUCGAGAUUAAGAUCCAGGAGUCAAGGGUACUGCCUUUCAUACUCCUCAUGUGCAUCGUUCACUGCCGGAUGCGUCAGGUUCCGACCGUGAUAUCGCUGUCAGCAUUGACGGGCAUGGCCGCCGUCGUCGACUACUAUGAAUGCUACGACGCCGUCAGUGUCUUUUCGGAUCUUUGGAUACGCGCGUUGGAGAGUCAACUCCCAACCACGCCGGAGAUCAAACCUCCACCCUUUGCUUUUGGCCAAUCUUGGAACUAUCAAGACCCCACUUUGAACUAUCUUAAUGCUGUAAACUGGGUUUUGAUAUCGUGGGUUUUUUAUAAGAAGGAUAUAUUUCGGAAAAUGACCCAAUAUCUUCAAGACCACAGUACAAGCGAGAUCACAGCCAAAGGCCUACCAAUCCCACCAGAAAUUAUAGACAAGUUGAACAGGCAGCGGACUACCUACAUCCAGCGACUGAUUGACGAUUUGAACAAAUUACAUUCCAAGGUUGCGGAUGGUUGUGCUCAGAGACAGGGCUCUAUCUUCUACAGCCCUGAUCCGCAUGAAAAAUGUACGUACCUCGUCCUUGGUGCACUGACGAAAAGGAUGAUGGAGAUGAAGCUGGUACAAGCACCAGCACCGCAGAGUCCAUUUCCAGGGUUUGGCAUAAGUAAGACCAAGACUAGCCUUCGUGACACGUUUAAGUCACCAAAUAUUGGGAAUAAUGGUCAUGAAGCGUGUGAACUAUCGUCUCGCAUUACUACCAUGCUCAGUAGCUACUCCGACCCAGUUGGUUUUGAUAUUGACGACCCGGAUUUUCCGAGGCGCCGCACUGCAUGA